AUGAAUUCAGUGAAAAUGAUUUUAAAAUGGUUUUAUUUAUUGCAGGGGAAGCAGGCCCAGUCUAAGGGUGGAAUCUUGGCAAAAGCUUGCGAAUAUUUAGCAGAAACUAGGAACGCUAACGAUCGGUUGCGCGAUUCUCUAAAGAAUGCCGCGGAAUUAACUACAGAGAACGAACGGUUAAACACUGAACUACAACGCCUACAGAGAGAGAACGCAGUGUUACAACAGCAGAUCCAACGGUCCCACCUGAAAGCCGAACUAGACUUCAAUAUGUGACCUAACGUAGAUCUGACACAUAGUCUUGACCUUCAAGGUCAUGACCUUCCAGCUGGUGACCUUCAAGGUCAUGACCUUCCAGCUGAUGACCUCUAAGUGUAAACAUUCAAGUUCGUGUCCUCUAAGUACAUGGUCUCUAUGUUAUGACAUUUUCGUUCUUGAUCAAAGGUUAUGACCUCAAAUGCCAUGUUUUAAAGGUCAUGACCAACGACCAUGACCUCAAGGCUUCAUGAUUUCCCGGCUAAAGAUCUUUCAGCACUUGAAUUUCUCCCGAUAGAGACUAAAUUUGUCCAAUCAUAAAGGAACUCAGCCGAGCGCAUGAAACAGAACUGUUCAGUACAGUACAGUACAGUACAGUACAGUACAGUACAGUACAGUACAGUACAGUACAGUACAGUUUGACUUUGUACUGUACUUUAUAUAACGUGUACAUAUGAAUAAUGUAGUUGACACUGGCUAUGUUCUCUAAACAUAAAAUCAAUAAGUUAAAAAACAAUAUUGUUGAUUUUAAGUUUUUAAGUUUGUUUUUUAAAAUUUUUACUUCCAAGUAGAUUUAUCUAUAUUCCAUAUUUUGGUUUUUUAAUAUUAUGUCAGUCGGUCUCUCAGCCCAGUUUGAAAAUAAUUAUGUUUUCACAGAUUUAGGAAAAAUUGACAUUUAAAUCAUUUGUGUAUUUUUGAUUUGGAAAAGAAAAAGAUAGUCCCCCCCUCCUUGUUUGAUAUCGUUGAAAUGCCCAAAUCUGAUUCGGUCAAAAACUAAGAAUUGAUGUGUUUUUUUUGCAUAAUAAUCUUUUUCUGAGUAAAGUAUGAAAUGUUGUGACAAAAUUUAAUGUUAUGAACACUGUUUGAAUUAAUUCUAAGAAUACGAUAGAUUUACCUGAAACUAUUUUGUUAAUAAAUAAUAAAAUAAUAGUUAAAUAUAACAUACAAGAUCACGGUAAAUAUAACAUACAAGAUCACGGUUAUAAUUCCCUAUCAAUAUAUUAUCUAUUUAUAAUGUUAAGAUACGGGAUAGGUAAAUCUAACGAAAGUUCUUUAAUCUGCCAAUGUACCAUUAAUAGUUGUUGUAAUUAUCUUUCAUAAGUAAAGCGCUUUAAUGCGUAGGAAUGCGUAAAUUUAAAAGCGUAGGGGCCCUGGGACGUCUUCGUACGCAACAUUCAUUGUAAGUAUUAAUCGUAAUAAAUACAUUUGAAAGAUGUG